AUGGCGAAAAUCGAGUCAAUUAUUGUGGAAGCAUCGGCGUACUUGGCUGAUGUUGGUCUAGAAACACAUGCAUUUAAGACAGGAUGGUACAAUGACCAAGUGGAUGAACCAUUUCAACUUAAAUAUCCAUAUGAUACUUUAGCAUUAUGUAUUAUCAGUUCACCUGAAAUGUUUGAGAAAGGUUUUAAGCCUUUCUUGAAAACUGGCACCUAUUCAGGGUCAAUGGACCCCUUGGAUGAAUUUAUUGCAAAAUAUCUUAAUAAAUUUAAAGCAGAAGUCACAAGUGAGGAAUUAGAAAUUAUUUUUGACUAUGAAAUACUUCCAAGUCGCAAGCCUAAAAUACUAAUCCAGACUGCUGGUCAUGUUUCCGGGGCGGCAUUUUACUACCAGCGGAAAAAUGUUAAGAAUGAUCCAUGGCCAGCUAAUACAAAAAUAUAUGGAGUCAGUAUUCAUGAAAAGUAUGCUGGUUGGUUUGGUUUUCGAGGAGUUAUUAUUUUCAAGAAUGUCCAAGCUACAGAGUUAAAGCAAAAAUCUCCCGUAGAUGUUGUUUGUGAAGAUGAAAAGAAAAUUCAACUUCUCCAGAAAUUUAAUUAUCAUUGGAAAGAUUGGAGUUUUAGAGAUAUUGUUCCUGCCAUCAUGAAAUAUUCAGAUGAGCAAAAACUGUAUUUUGAAACACCCCCUGCAGAAAGAAAAAAUAUGUUGGAAAAAUUUAUACACUCAGAUGUGGCAUAAGACAAUAAGGCAUGUACAAUAUGUGCUAUCAAAAUAUCUAACAACAUUUAGGUUUGCCAGAUGUGUAUUUUUUUCAGAAACAUUUGCAAACGUGAAAUUUGAGCAAUUUUUACAUCAAAGGGGCCCAGAUUGCAUGUUAUGAGCUAGUCUGCUAGUGCAUUAUCGUGGGUAUAGGGAGAACAAAUAAAUUUUUAAGUGAUGUUAAAAAUAUAUCAGAGUGAACUGUCGUGAAACUGGAGAAAAUAUAUAAUUGACAUAUAGCUGUCUUGGUCUAUUUAGUAAUUGUAUUAUAGUAUUAUUGUAAUAUAGUAAUGUAUAUAUAUAGCAACAUGGUUGAUAUAUAUGUUAUAUGUACAUUUAACGCAAAAUACAUUAUGUACAUAUACAUAAAGGUAUAAGUAGUUUUAAGUAUAAUGUAAACUUUAUUUAUCGUUCUUUUCCCAUGGUUGUUAAUCGCCUUCUCUUUUGAGGCAAAUGUUGAAAAUCCUGUUGAUUUGUCUGUUGCACUAACUUCCUCUCCAAUUCCAUAAUUUUAUUCUUUAACAUGGCCACUUCUUUCUCAGCUUGCACUUUGACAUAUUGUAACUUCUAGUGAUACAAACUAGAUUUUGUAAG